AUGGGAAACUCACCAUCAACCGGAGAUGAAGAUAGAUUGGAUCUGUACGCAGACGUUGACGAUGAUGAAAUAAGCGUCGACAUUUACGAAGUAGCCGAAAAAGCUGAAGAAAAAUAUACCAAGAAAUUACUUUUCUUUAAUCGUGAUCUACCGGAAGGCGGUUCCAAUGGCAGAGAUAGAUUUAGAUCAUUUCUAUCAAAUGUCUUAAGUUACGGCAAGCCAAAGACCCGCAAAAGUGAGCAAACUGUUCCACUUAUCAACGAUCGUAAAAAUUCAACUAAUGAUCAGGACUACUGUAGUCAUGCACCGGAAAGGUUGAAAAAUAACCACAAAGAAGAAAUUGCUCAAGUUGUUAGGGAAGAGGUCAAUGAUCAUGUCAAAAAUUUACCGCCACCGUAUAAUCAUAUCAGUGUCAGCCACUUGCAAGAUCAACCGUAA